UGGAUAAUCAAAACAAAUCAACAAAUCAAAUUCGAAACAGCAAAAGUAAGACCAAGUCUAUCUCCCCCUCUCACUGUUAUUAUAUAGAGUUUGAUGAAGAUUAGGUUUUGAUGACAGGUUUGUCCCCUUGGCCUCACAACUACUUCUAGGCUCCAAAGACCAUUCUUUGCAAAGACCCAAGAAUUUUCAUUGCAUUUGUGCACAUAAGACCACCAAUUCUCUUGGGUUUCUUUACUUUCCCUUCUCUUGAUCAUCUCUCUGCCUCUCUCUUUGUUUCUUUUUUUUUUUUUUUUUUUUCAUCUUUAAAGGUUUAAAAUUUGACUAAGAAGGAGUGUGAAAUGUUGGAUUAUUACGAGCAGCUUGCUGCUAGUCCUUACAAUGAUUCUCUUAAGGUUCUUGAGGCUGAUAUUCAGCAUGCCAAUAUGCUGGCAGCUUCCAUCCCCAGACGCAAGAGUGGUACGGUUCUUCAAAUGAAAUUGGUUUACAAUCACUUGGCACCCAUUUUCCUGUUUUUGCUUCAAUGGAUUGAUUGCUCCUCUUCAUGUUUACUUUCAAGUUACUUAAAUCUUUUCCACAUAAUUGUAUAUAAGGUGCGCACAGAUGGGAGGUCAAAUAUCUCUUCAUGUGGAAGGAAAGCCACCGUCAGCGAAUUCUACAAUGUUAUACUACCAUCCCUUCAGCGUCUCCAUGGUGAUUCAUUGGAGAUGGAUAUCACCCAAGAGGAAGCUCUAGAGAUGGCUGUUAGGAAGAGAUAUGAGGAUAAUAUAAAGCUUUCAGAUGCAGACUUGGAGAGAGAAAAUGAGUGUGGCAUCUGCUUGGAGCCUUGUACCAAAAUGGUUUUGCCAAACUGUUGCCAUGCCAUGUGCAUUAAUUGCUACCGCGAUUGGAACACAAGAUCGGAAUCGUGCCCGUUCUGCCGGGGAAGUAUAAAGAGAGUGAAUUCAGGGGACUUGUGGGUUCUGACCUGCGGCAGUGAUGUGGUUGACACUCAAACUGUGUUGAAGGAGGAUAUGUUGCGGUUCUAUCUUUUUAUUAACAGCCUGCCAAAAGAUCUCCCGGAUGCUCUAUUCUUAAUGUAUUAUGAGUACUUAAUUUGAUCAAACAUGCUAGAAAAAUAUGGUGUAUAGAGAGAGAAUUGCCAACCAUCACAUGUACAGAGUCUGGCGAGGCUUUCACAUUGAAAAUUUCUUUUGACUUCACCUUGUGCAAAAUAAUGUACAUGCUCUGUGUAAGAGAUAAAAAUUAUAUAUAUCAGAAGAGUCACUUCUUUUAUCAUG